AUGGUCCAACUCGCCCAUAUCUUCAAAAAGGACAAGGUCAAGGAGAAAGAGAAAGAAGAUCUCUCCCCCAAAAUUCCCAAAACUUCAAAAUCCAAGAAAUCCAAGGACGAAUCCGAUAGUCCAAUUUCGUCACCACGAACUUCCUUCUCCACAUCCACCAAAUCUCAUCCCGCUAAAUCCCCCUCCAAGUCUUCCUCCAAAUCGCCCACCAAGAACCGAUUCCACAGUCGGUCUUCUUCUACAUCCACUCCGGCCCCGCCAUUCAAAUUCGGAGCCCGGUCUUCUAAAGACCAGGAAUCUCAUCCUCUUAACCUACCUCCCGACGAGCUGCGUCGUCGCCUGUCCGCUAUGGCGGCCUCUCGGGAUGAUCAGCGAAGCUCCAUGGACAUUGAUCCUCAGGAAGCCCAGCAGAACGGUGUGAAUACUCAAGAACGCAGUCCGACCCCUCCUCCGCACCGCUCAAACUCGGACGCCGGCGAGGCCGACUCGUUCAAGUUGGCCGGUAACAAAUUUUUCAAAGAUGGCAAUUACGCUCGUGCCAUUGAAGAGUACAACAAGGCCAUCGAGAUUAACCCCAACUCGUCCGCCUACCUGUCUAACCGCGCUGCGGCUUACAUGUCCGCUAAGCAAUUCCUGAACGCCCUCGAGGACAUUGAGCGAGCAAACGAGCUCGACCCUACCAAUGCGAAGAUCGUGCACCGAUGGGCUAAGAUCCUGACAAGCCUGGGUCGUCCCGCCGAGGCCCUCGAGGUGUUGUCCCGAGUGGACCCGCCCGCGACUGCGACCGACCGCGCCCCCGCUGAGAAGAUGUUGAAAUUCGUCCGCCAGGCCGAGGAAACUCUUGCCGAGGACCGUGGUGGCUCGAUGGCGAUUUUCUGCCUUGACCAGGCCCGCCAGGGUCUCGGACUGGGCGUGAAGGAGCCUCGCAAGUGGACUCUGCUGACCGCCGAGGCGCAGCUGAAGAUGAACAACAGUAACUCGCUGGGUAAGGCGCAGGAUCUGGCCAUCGGACUGCUGCGGGAGAACAGCCAGGAUCCUGAUGCGAUGAUGAUUCGUGCGCGGGCAUUCUACGCCUCCGGCGAGACGGACCAGGCGCUGAAGCUGUUGAAGAUGUGUCUUGGGCUGGACCCGGAUAUGAAGGCCGCAAUCAAGCUGCUGCGCAUGGUGCAGAAGUUGAGCCGAACAAAGGAAGAGGGUAAUGCUGCUUUCAAGGCUAAGGAUUACCGUCGUGCCAUUGACCUCUGGAGUCAGGCUUUGGAGGUGGAUCCUACCAACAAGGAUAUGAACUCGAAGAUCCUGCAGAACCGUGCCCAGGCUUAUAUCAACCUGAAGGAGUAUGACACUGCUAUCCAAGACUGCACUGAGGCUCUGCGUUUGGAUCCUGAUUACCUCAAAGCCCUGAAGAUGCGUGCCAAGGCUUACGGUGGCGCGGAGCAGUGGGAAGAGGCUGCUCGUGACUACAAGAGUGUUGCUGAGAAGAACCCAUCCGAGAAGGGUAUCCAAGAAGAUAUUCGUCGGGCCGAGUUUGAGCUGAAGAAGUCUCAGCGCAAGGACUACUACAAGAUCUUGGGGGUCGGCAAGGAUGCCAGUGAGACCGAGAUCAAGAAGGCCUACCGCAAGUUGGCUAUCCAAUACCACCCGGAUAAGAAUCGUGAUGGCGAGCUUGGCGAUGAGAAGUUCAAGGAGAUUGGUGAGGCCUACGAGACUUUGAUGGACUCUCAGAAGCGUGCUGCUUAUGACAAUGGUGACGACCUGAUGGACCCAGCUGAUAUGUUCGGCGGCAUGGGAGGCAUGGGCGGUAUGGGUGGUAUGGGCGGAAUGGGAGGUAUGGGCGGCAUGAACGGCUCCCAUAUCAACAUUGACCCGAACAUCCUCUUCAACAUGAUGAACGGCGGUGGCGGUGGCGGCUUUGCCUCUGCCGGCGGCCACCCAUUCGGUGGUCAAUCUCGUGGUGGUGGAUUCCCUGGCGGUUUCUCCUUCUAG